GUAGAGAGAGGAGGAGGCCCAUGGGCAUGUGUACUGUGCGGGAUUGAAUGGGCGAGGGGUGGUAGAUAUUGCCCCCCUCCCAACGCCCACCAACGACCCCCUCCUAACGCCACCCAACACCCCACCCGGCCACCACCCCGCCUGCCACCCACUCGCCACCCGACUGCCGCCGAGGAAACAACCUGCAACUCAACAUCGUGGAACACGAGGUUCCUUUCUACGGGACACGAGAUCGACUCAGCCUCACUUUGGGUAUAAGAGGCGGCAGCGGUAGGACCGUCAGAGGAAGAGGAGAAGGUGGUGAAGGAGCCGGCGGAGGGAGGGUGAAGCAGGUCCAUCAACCGAGGCCCGGCCUCGAAGCUUACCGCGAACCGGGCCGAGCGCCGGGUGUGCUGACACUGGGAGGGUCGCUGCACCAUCACCGGAGGUGGGCAUGGAGGGUAGCGGCGUCGGAAUCGGCAGGAUUGACUGCUACGAAGAUAUGUUCAAGGAGAUCACGAGAAAGCUGUACGGAGAGGAUCCUGAUCACCGAAGUAAGAAAAUUAUAAGGUCAUGGGACACCUUGAGAGCCGAAUACAUAGCAUCGAGCAUACAAAAUGAGUUCGAGACUUCGGCAUCCUAUAAAAAUAACACGGACGACGAUACCGGAAACGGAAAUGACGGGACUGACGACGCAGGUUGGACCUGCGCCGAAGAACCUCUCGAAUGUACAGAAGGUAGUCGAGUUGCUGCCUACCACGCGACCAAAGCCACUUGGAGAUGCUGCGAAUGUGGCGAAUGUCUUGGCGGAGGGCCUCGGGAAGUCGCCGAGCAUUUCCUCGGACUGCAUCCGUCCAGGGUGUCCGUUGAGGAUGGUGGAGUAGGGCACCACGCGGGUCGAUCCACUGAGUGCAGGAAAGACUCCCUCGCAGACGAGGUUACCCUUUAUCUAGAGCGGGUCCGCGAGCGGGCUGAGAGACCGUCACCUCCGUCUCGUAGGUCCCAGGAAACCCAAACAAUUCCUGCAGCUCUUUUGCCUCCCGCCACUAGUUUUCUCCUUCACGAUGUUCACGCCGCAACGUCGACGCAGCAUGCUCAUUUGCAUCAGCAGAGUCCUGGAACCGGAACCACGACAACAACGGCUAGCGGGAAGAGAUACGCGUGUCCGUAUUGUCCGUACGGUACGGACAGGCGAGAUCUGUACACGCGUCACGAGAACAUUCACCGUGAGGAAAAGCCGUUCCAUUGCUACGUCUGCUAUAAGCCAUUUAACAGAGCGGAUCAUGUGAAGAAACAUUUCUUGAGAAUGCAUAGGGAACACCGAUACGAGUUGGCCAGGAUACGUAGACCCACCGGUAGCACCUCCAAGUCCUUACAGGACCAGAGCGCUGCUGCUGGAAGCGGAGGAACCGCUUCCACUGGCUCCCACCAUACCGGAAACUACCCAACCGCGUACAACAACAAAAGCUAUCAGCUGCAUUCCACGUCAACUACUGGUCUUUAUCCAACGCCAGGGAUGCCUGCCACCACGAUGCACACACCAGCACGGAGAACGCAGAAUGGCGGAUGCAAUAGCAAGAGUCACCUCAAAGGAGCGUCGAAAGGAGCCCAAGAAAGAAGGUACACGUGCUGUUACUGUUCUUGGAGCGGUGUGGACAACUGGUGCCUGAAACGCCACUUGAACACUCACCUGAAACCGUUUGCUUGCGCGUUAUGCGAGUACAAAGCCGCCCGAGCUGAACGUUUGUCAACUCAUGUACUCAAGGUCCAUAACAGGAGACAAUGCUCGCGCUGCUCUUACCUCGCUGAAGAUGCUGCACAGCUACAGCUGCACCAGCUACACGUUCACAGGGUUACAACCGCCAAUGCCCCAACGGCUCCUCCGACUCCGCGCCAUCAUCAACACUUACAGCCGUCUGGUGGUGGUGGACGCCCGCCGCCUGGUCCCCCUGUAUUUCCGGCUCCAGCUCCGCCGACUGUUAGCGGUAGCGUUAUACCGCCAACCACAAUUCUUGGCCACGAGAUGGUAGACGGCUCCACAGCCGCGGCAAGCUUACAGUCGCAGGAUAUAUUAAUUUGCGAGAAUUGCGGAUCUGAGUUUCUGAAGAGGACUGGAUUCGGAACGCGGUACGAGGGAACUGUCUCUCGACGUUGCAGUGAGAAUCAGCCAAUUUACUGCUACAAAUGCAGUAUUUACCAAUUGGACGUUGGUACUUGUUCGGAAAUGAUAGACCGCAUAACAAGAAGUUACUUAGCUUCUUAUGAAAAUCAGAUCAAGACAGAAAAUAGGAAUAGGCCAGAUGAUGAUAUUUCGUGCACCAGUGAAAAGCGUGCGCGAAAACAGAGACGGCCACAAAAAUUACCUGCCGAAAACGAUGUUCAAUCUAGACAAAACACUUUCACAGCCAUCAAUAUUCGAGGAACUCAGUCGAGUACGAAUCAAACGAAGAUAAUCGAGAUACGAGAAAGAUGCUUAGCACAAUUAGUCUCCAGAAAAGGAUUGUUGAAGUGCUACCGUUGCUCGAGACAUGCUUCGGCUAGAGCAUUUAUGUGGGUCCCUUAUCAUACCAAGGCUUCCCUAAUAUUGCAUAAUCUUUGGCGUCACUCCCGACCUAAUAUUUCUUUACGCACAAAACGUGAAUCGCGAUCGGUUACAUUACGAGCAACCGUAUACACGCGUCAUGCGGAUGCGUUUCAAGAAAUCAGUUAACAAUCCUCGAUGUUGACUUGGAUAUAUUAAUGUUACUGGAGUCCGAAAUUAACAGAUUUAUCAUUUAAGUUCAAAAUUGAAUGUAGAACAACUCUUGAAAGUCGGACCAUCUUCACUAAUUAUGGCAAUAUUUUACCCAACCAAGAUUUAUAAAUCGUCACUGAUUAAGGGCAGAGGUUUCCCAAUAAUUUAAAAUUUGAAGUAUUAAAUAGACUCUUGGUUUAGCAUUUGAUGGUUUGCAAUGACUAGCAUGACUUGAGAUAUGUCAUUCAUUAGAAUGAUCAGAAAACUCUGCCUACGAUGAUUCAACUUGUUCGAGAAGGAAUAUAGCAUUGUUCAAUUUCGAAAACGUAUUAGAAGUGAAUUGAGCAGCGCCUGCAGCCUCCUUCGCGUUUUUAUAGUACUUACUUUGACCAAGUAACACAAUACAUACCUCUAAGUAAUACAAUCAUUCCGUGAAACUGAGAUUUUAGUAUCGCGAAUAUUUUUGUCUUGUAUAUAUAGCGACAAUAUUGCGGGUUAUUGGAGAGACGGAUUACUGAUAAAAGUAAUGACAUUUAUAUAUGUAAUCAGACCUCGGUAACUAGCUGUUGAUUGUUAAAAUUGUUAGAAAUUGUGAAGAAAUCAGGGCGUUAUUUCAUUUCUAAAACGUACAACGACCAUUUUUUGUAAAAUAGCCUUGAUAACAUAAUAAUACCUUAUUAUUCUACCAUCGGAAGGUUUGUCAAUAGUUUUUAGGAGCAGUGCUGUCAAGUCAAGUGUGUAUCGUAAGCAUAAUAUAAUGGAUGUAAUGAGAUGAAAUUGUUAAAGUCAAAUUCUACGAAUUACGUAUAACGGAGUUUUACAAAUUCGAUAACGAUUUGAAUACGUCUAAUUAGGAAUCAAGAUUGUUUCUCCAGUUAAAUUAUUAUACAUUCCAAGGACUUUCGUGGUUUGGUUCAAGUAGAUCUAAACCAGUUUGCCAAAGGCUUGCUCCGAGCUACUUUUGCAAUCCUUUUGUUUGUAUGGAUAUAAUGGUCCUCAAUAAACAGUGUCACUUGAACUGAAGUCUUUUACGCGAAUUCAGAUAACAUUCUACUAAGUCUCAUUAUCAAGUAACACUGUCUUCAGAGACUAAUUGUAUAUACGUCUAAUAUAUUUUGCUGAGACGUAAGUAGGGAAGUAAGAAAAGAAAUUCACUUCCCGAAUAUGUGCAUCUUUUUAUAAUAUGCUAUUUGUACAAUUAUCUUGUUUACGUUAUGAUAUAAAAUAUAUCUAUUGACAAACUUA